AGGCGUGUCGAAAGGAGGACGUAGUUUCAUUGUCUAUGUGAAACAUCGAGUCUUAUCUUCGCGUAAUUUUUAUCGUCGAAAUAGUUUUAUGCGAAUUUAAAGGCAACAGUAUAACCAAAUCGUGAUUAUUAUAUGAUGAAAUUAUGGGUGAUAUUAAUGAAUAACUGAUUGCAGUGACAGAAAGUAUCUAGUUAAAAGAUAUUUUAUUGGAAAAGUGAUUGGCCCGAAAUUCAAGAUGUGGUCUCGGUUGGCGUGGUGGGUGCUCUGCUGCAUAUGCGCCAGCGAGGCGCUGCGAGUGGGCGUGGGCAUCGCUGACGUCACGGGCCCACCAGCUGAAAUCGGAUUCAUGGGGUAUGCUCACCUGGAGCAAUCCGGGCACGGUAUCCACCUGCGGCAGUUCGCGCGCGCGUUCGUGCUGGAGGACGAGAGCAACUCCACGCGCGUCGUGUACGUCUCCGUGGACGCUGCUAUGAUGGGCAUUGGCGUCAGGCGAGAGGUAAUAAAACGUCUACAAAAGCGCUACGGCGACUUGUACAACGACGGCAAUGUGAUACUAAGCGGCACCCACACGCACUCCACGCCGGGCGGGUUCCUGCUGGACUUCCUCUUCGAUCUAUCUAUACUGGGCUUCGUCAAGGAGACGUAUGUUGCUUACAUCACUGGCAUUGUUAAAAGUAUAGUGACAGCGCACAACAACAUAGUGCCGGUACGCAUGGAGUACGGGGAGGCAGAACUUCUGAAUGCCAACAUCAACAGGUCCCCGUCCUCGUAUCUGCGCAACCCGCCCGAAGAGAGAGAGAAGUACAAAUAUGACGUAGACAAGACACUAGCCCAGAUCAGGUUCGUCACACCAGAGAAUGAGAUAGUGGGAGUGAUCAACUGGUUCGCCGUCCACCCGACUAGCAUGAACAACACUAACCGCCUCAUAUCUUCCGACAACGUGGGCUAUGCGUCCAUACUUAUGGAGAAGGAGUUAAAUGGGAAUAACACGUUACCGGGAAAGGGUCGCAUAGUAUGUGCAUUCGCAUCAACGAACCUCGGCGACGUGUCCCCCAACACGCGCGGACCGCACUGCGAGUUCUCCGGCAAGCCUUGCGACCAAGAGAAGCUUCUGUGCAAAUUGCACAAAGAGCGUUGCUUUGCUUCUGGCCCUGGGAGAGAUAUGUUUGAGAGCACGAAGAUUAUUGCAACUAAGCUUUUUGAUACGGCUAUGAAAGUUCUUAAAGGACCAGGGGAAGAUCUGACCGGACCUGUGGGCGUCAUCCAUCAGUUUGUGGAAAUGCCGACACAAGAAGUCUCGCCAUAUGAUCCAGUUACCGAAACAUUUAAUGCUAGUGCAAAAGUCUCCGGUUGCUACCCAGCGAUGGGCUACAGUUUCGCGGCCGGCACCACGGACGGGCCCGGCGCCUUCGACUUCACGCAAGGAACCACCUCCUCCAAUCCUCUCUGGAACGCCGUCAGAGACUUCAUCGCCGAGCCCACUGCUGAGGAUAUCCAGUGCCAAAAGCCGAAACCUAUUCUACUUGCUACAGGAAGAGCGAAAUUCCCUUACGAAUGGCAACCCAAAAUAGUAUCGUGCACCAUGGCUCGUAUAGGGGGUCUGUUCAUGGCGGCAGUGCCUGGGGAGUUCACCACCAUGUCCGGGAGACGCCUGCGGAGUGUGGUCGCCAAGAGUUCCGGCGCCAGGAGAGUCGUGGUGGCUGGACUGUCCAAUGUAUAUUCGGAUUAUAUUGCCACGCCUGAAGAAUAUCAGGCUCAAAGGUACGAAGCGGCGUCCACCAUCUACGGGCCCCACACGCUGGACAUCUACCUCAACAAGUACGUGGAGCUCACCAACGCUCUCUUGCAGGGCUCCAAGCUGGACCCAGGGCCGCAGCCCCCGGACUUCAGCGAGCAGUUGAUCACGCUGGUGCCGCCGGUGCUGUGGGACUCCGCCCCGUGGGGCCACGAGUUCGGCGACUGCCUCAAGCAGCCGCAGAAACAGUACAGCUAUGGAGACAUCGUUGCUGCUACUUUUGUGUCGGGACAUCCGCGGAACAGCGAGCGGCACGGGCGCUGGUACGCCGCUGUGGAGCGGUUGGAGUCAGAGCAGGAUGACGCGUGGACGGUCGUGGCCACAGACGCUGACUGGGAAACCAAGUACAUAUGGCAGCGUAGCUCCAAAAUCCUCGGCACCAGUAAAGCGGAGAUCGAAUGGGAGAUCCCCGUGGGCACUCCCCCCGGCACCUACCGCCUGCACCACUACGGCAACUACAAGUACAUCCUGGGGGGCAUCUACCCCUACCACGGGUUCUCUGACUCCUUUGAAGUCACGUAACUCGAAACGUAAAUAACAAAUAUUUUUUUUUAAAUUUACGAUCUACGUAAUUUACAUUUUUUUUUUUAAUUUGAACAAAACUGCUAUUUAUGUUGUUCGACAAGUGCAUAAAAUGAAUAAUUUUGCUUAUUUCUACAUACUCGUAAUAUAUUAAAAUUAAAACGAGGAAAAGUUUGUAAUCUCUGGACUCUAUUGAACCGAUUUAGAAAUUUCUGACUUUGCAAAUUGUUAAUCAUAUUUCGAGACUCUGAAAUAUAUUUAACCGAUUUUGAAAAUUCUUUUAUCAAUAGAUAACUACGUUAUUUGUGAGUGUCUGAUGCUAUAUUUAAUUUCCGUGUUCUCACAGAACUGAGAAUUACGCUUGUGAAUUGUCUGGUAUCUAUUUAUAGUUCAAUAUUUUUUUAAUGAUUACUAAUAUGGUUUUAAAUAAGGAAAUGGUUCGUUUUGUGCACUUGUAUUGCCAAUGGGAGUUAAAAUUACACAUGCGUACAGAAAAGGCUAUGCAAGUCGUAAUAGGAAAUUGACGUAUGUAAAAAAGUUGUCUGUGGAAAAUUUAACAUUAAGUACGUGUUUUUAAAACGUGUGUUAUACGUCAACCGCCUGGUUUACGGUAACUGUCAAAAAGAAAAUCCGUUAAAUGAUACUCGAUAGGUAUCAUAUAAUAUACUUCUCAUUAAUAAAAAUCGAAACAGUUCGCAGGUAUGGUUUAGACGGACUGAUUCGAUUUUUUUGGUGAGAAGCAUAAAUCUUUGAUAAUAAUUAUGCGUGUUGUGUUUUAAACAGCAUCCGUGUAUUUGGUUCAACAUUGAAAUGAAACCAGAGCGGCAUUCCAUAGCGCGCCUCUCGGACAGAGGUUGACAACCAUUCGAAUUGGAAGAGCCAAUAAUAGCAAUUUACACAAUUUCUGUUCCUAAACAGACACUUAGAUUUUUGUUGCAAAUGUAGGUACCUACUUUAUUAUAAAAAUUGAUUUAGAUUUAAAUAAUAUUUUUAAAGUUGCGAAUAAGAAUAUUGUAAGAAUGCGGCUCGCGAGCACACAGGUUGCCGACCCCUGCUCUAGGACAAUGCACUCACACCUGUGUGACGUAGUUUUCAUAGUCAAAUUAUCACUUUAUUUGUAAUCUGUAAUUUUCCAUGUGUAAUUGUAACUACCAUAAAUUGUAUAGCAUUUAACGAAUACUGUGCCCAUAUUGAAAUUAUAGGCCAAAGUUACUCCAAACUACUAUGUACAUAUUAAAUUAAAAAUGAUAUUGUAAAAUAUUUUUAAUUUGUAUAAUAUGUAUAAAUUUCAAAAUAUUCGGUCUAGUUCAGUGGUUUCCAAAGAUAUUUAAGCGUUAUUUAUAAAUAAAUGUAUCUAUAAUUUUUGAUAUUGUAGUAAGCUUGCCUUGUGUUAAUAAUAAUAAGGAAGUGGAUAUUAAAUACCUACAUAGGGUAUAUACCUAUAUAGGCGUUCUGUGCCCACCCUAGGAUUUUGAGCUAUUUGGGUUUGGAAUUCUAUUUUUAUUCAGGCCCACCCUAGGAAUUAAUCCUAGAUACGCCAAUGUGUACCUAACAAAACCUUACGUGCCUACGUAGGUAUGUCUAGCCUACUUUAUUUACGAAAAUUCUUGAUUCUGGUAGCUAACUGAGUUACCAGGAAAUGAAAAUUUCGGAGCGUCGGAACAAGAUAAUGUACCACGCAAUUUACUUGACAUUGUGGCUGUUAAAUUGUAUAACUAUUAAUUAAGCAACAGUAAGUAUACUUAGCAUUAUUUUUUUAUUUAGUUUUUUUUCAGAUUAAGAUACUUACAAAUUAAUUAUUAUGUACCAGUGCCUACAUUUUAUUUAUAGGCCUGUAUAUGUAGACAAUGAUAUUAAAAGGUCGUUGAUAAGUAGGUAUAAAAUAUAAAAAUAUCUGAUGUGUUUUAUAAAAUAAAUUAAAUAGGAUAUUUAGGUAUGGAUUUAAAAUACUACUUAUCUACUUAAAAAUAUUAUUGUUACUUUUGAUAGUAAAUUCUCUUGAUACGGUAUCGGGUAAUUAACGAUAAAAUAUGUGAUUUUUUUUACAUAUGAAUGUCAUCCAGGGUUGUCAAACUGUUUUAUUUAAGUGCCAAAAAAAAAUGGUUUAUUAAUCACAAAGAAGUAACAUUAGUUUACAGCUAACCUUUUAAGUAUAUUAGAUUAAUUAAACUCAGGUACGAAAUAGUUACUGAGUACCUAUAGAUAAAUAUAUAUAUAAUUGACAGCUAUGAAUGAAUUUUGACAGCUAUUCUUUGCUUUUCGGAAAUGAAUUUUUAUGAAAAAUGAGGUGGAGUAUAUAGGUACAUUCGUUUUAGUUUUGUUUGUGGAUAAUAACAUAAACUAACUUGUUUAAUGUUUUAUUGUUGUUAGGUAUAAUGGAACGAUGAUUCAUUUUUUGUAUCUGAGAGGCUUACAUUAACAUUUCGGUAGGCGGCAUUAAAAUACCAACAUUCCAAGAAGGAAAUUUCUUUAGCGCCCACUAGUAUGGGAUUACAAUAAAUAAUUGAAUGAAUCUCACUGUGGAAUAAUCUGAACGAUUGGCAACCCUACUUCUGUAAUCAAAUAAAUAUUAUCAAAUACUGUAUCUAUUAUAAGUACACCAAUGGGUCUAAGUUAAGAUAACAAUUGUUGAAUUCGGAUUUUAUCUAAGCAGAUAUAGGUAUUAGUUAUAAAUGAUAGCUUACUAAGUCCUUGGGCCUAGGAAUAAAAUGUUUAUGAUAUUAUUAUUAUGUAAUAAUAAUAAACCCUAUAAAAUAAAUACCACAUCAGAGCUGGUUUUUAUAGAAUAUAAAUUUAAAAUCUCGCUAUAAAUAUCACAUUCCUAGAUUAUAUCAUGAAUAAAUAUUAUGUUCUUGGGCCCAAGGAUUACUAGGAUCUUUUACGUAACAAUUUGUUUAGUUAUUAAAAUAAUUAGGCUAGAUUAUUUUUAAGAUGAUAGAGGCUUGCCGUAUCUACUUCCACGUAACUAUAUAUGUAUAUUCUAAACUUGCCAUUGAUUGGAAAAUAAACGUUUUUAUAAAAUAA